CAAAUAAUUCGGGUUUUCCGCGACACAGGAGAACUGCCGGAGCAUGUCUAUAGAACUAGAGCCCGGUUUCUCUAACGACGAGGUGUUGAACGUACGUUACCCGCUUCACCGCGCAUGCAGGGAUGGAGACGUCGGCGCACUGUGCUCGCUGCUUCAGCGCUCCACCAACCAGGCGGACCUGGUUGCCGAAGACUCGUUUUACGGCUGGACCCCCAUCCAUUGGGCAGCACACUUCGGGAAGCUGGAGUGUGUUAUAAGGCUGGUGCAGGUGGGAUGUGAAGUUAAUGCACUGACGACACGGUUCGCCCAGACCCCGGCUCACAUUGCUGCAUUUGGAGGACAUCCAGAAUGCCUGCUGUGGCUCUUACACACUGGGGCUGAAAUAAACAGACAGGAUUAUGUGGGUGAAGCACCCAUUCACAAAGCAGCACGGGCCGGUAACAUGGAGUGUAUUAAUGCCCUGUUGGUCCAGGGAGCCAAACCAGGCCCAGAAAAGGGGGGGAAGCAUUCCAAAAACUGCUGCCACACGUUCUUCAGCGAACACCCUUACAUUGAGUGUUCACACUAUCGCUUCCUUCAGUAUCUACACACUGGCAAUCUGUCGAGCUUGAGGAAUGCAAAUGGUUUGACUGCAGCUGACCUGGCCCAAGCUCAAGGCUUCCAUGAUUGUGCUCAGCUCCUCUCUAAUGCACACAACCAGCUAAAUCAGCUAAAUGGAUUUGCCCAUAAUGGGACUGACCACACGCAUAGCCAGGGCCACAGUCUUCUGAAUGGAACAGCCAAUAGGAAAAGAUUUCUUGAUUGCCCAGAGCCAAACCAUGUGAAAAAAGCAAAAACUGACAGCAUGAAUUUCUUGGUGAAGACAAACAAUGGAAUUGGAGAGGAGCUUGAGAGUAUGAAUGUGGAAUCAACUGCUGAAAAUCAAUCAGGUGGGACUGGACCUUCUCCACCAAUGUCUAUUGACCUUGAACAUCAUGAAGACAGUGUUUCUUUGAGGAACCCCUCUCCCACUCAAAAAAUGUUGGAGCCCACAUCCAUGACUUCUGUUCCUGGCCCCUGGCUAUGGACAAACUCUUAUGCUUAUUUAUGACGGCCAAGUUAUCAACAAGUUUCCCCAGGCUUAUCAACAAGCUGUCAGAGCAAAUGACUGGGAUAAUAUAUUCUUAUUUGAUGUAUUCAGGCUUCUGAAAUAUCUGGAAUAUAAUAGUAUUUGGGAUGAGAUUUCCAUUUUUCCAAAUCUAAAAGAGCCUUAAGUGUGCACACACAGGGAAUUUGCUUUUAUAAUAGAAGUCCCCAGUACUUGCAAAGACAAAACAGCUAGAAUACAGAAAGACAUGUACAGAAGAGUUGCUAGUUUUCUUGGCUUUAUUUCCAUGAACUUUUGCCAUAUACUCUGUAUAUGGUCAUUCUAAGUCAAUUUUGUAAAAGUUGAUUAGUUUACUGUUAUCUUAAAUACAAGCUUGUAUGUAAUAGUUAAUUAUAUAUAUAUUUUCUGAAACUUCCAGCAAUAUGUUUCACAAUGAAAGCAUUUACUGAUUUUAGGAUAUUUCAUAGAGAUGAUGUGUCCUAUUUAUAAAUGAAUGAAUGCAUAGGGUAAUCUUUUACUACGUUAAUUGUGCUUCCAUUAUCUGGUUUAUUAUUCAGUAAUUUUAAAGAUUCACAUAUUUAAAGAUUUCAGAUGUAACCUGCUUGAAUUCUGUUGAAAUGUUACAAAGGUUUUUUUUUUUUUUUAAACAUUUAAGGCACCUUUUAUGUUAUGACUUUUUUUAUUUGAUAGUGGUUAUGAUUUCUCGGAGUAAAAGAAAAACAUUCUGGAGUUUAUCUCUGUUGACUUUUGCAGUUAGGUGUUCCAGUGCACUCCAAAAAAAAAAAGUGAUGUCUGAUCAGGUUUUUUUUGCCCCCAAUCUGCUGAGACCUGAGUAAUAAUCCGAUACUUGUGUUUUCCUAGUGCUUGGUGUACACUUCAAAUACGUUAAAGUUAUUAAAAUCAAUCCCGUGUAUACAGGGACGUACAGAGAGUUUCUCGGGCAGGGGCUCAAAUUUAAAAAAGGGGCAUCUAUCACUACAGAGUAUUGUAUUUUAUAUGUACAAUAAGCAGAAUAAUUGGAACAAUAAGGGGGAAAAAAUUGGAUUUAAGUUUAGAAAGCAUGAAGCUCGCUGCGUCAGAAUGCCAAUCUGUCAGCCCCUGUUACCGAUUACAUACUGUACACUUUAAAUAUGAGCAAAAAAGUGCUCAUACUGAAAAUAAAAUGUUUUUUCAACUACAA